AUGGAAACAAUGACGCUGGCCCUCAUCCUGGGUUGGUGUCUGGUGGCAGCGAUCAGGGCACAGCACCUGCCUCGACCCUCCCUGUCACUGCACCCCAUCCAGAGGGUGUCCCUGGGGGACACAGUCAGCCUGCGAUGCCACCUGCCCCGUCCGGCUGCCGUGGUCUGGCUGUACCAGGAUGGACAUUUGAGACCAAAAAAAAACACGGACAAAGAGCAGUCCAUGGUUGAGUUCUCCUUGGUUAGAGUAAAUGCAGAAGAUGCAGAGAAAUACUGGUGCCAGUACCGGGCUCUGGAACCACCAGGGAUAUCAGACAAGAGUAACCCUGUGGAGCAGGUGGUGACAAAUCACAGUAUACCCCCACCUGGGAUUUCCCUGAGCCCUGACGAACACGUGGAGACGGGGACCAGAGUCACCAUCCGCUGCUGGAUCAAGGGCUAUGUGGCCGCCUUCCUCCUGCACAAGGACGGGCACUUGGCCCCUAUCCAGCGCCAAAUCCCCAGUGGUGGGGGCACAGCCACCUUCACCCUCAGUGGGGUGACCCCAGCCAACUCUGGCACCUAUAGGUGCUCCUACCGCAUCAGAGGUUGCUGCCCUGAGUCCUCACCCCUGGGGAAAGGAGUGACACUGAAGGUGACACCCAGACCUGCACACCCAGGUGGCACGGAGCAGCAGCAUGGGAACGUGUCGGUAACAGUGGCAGGGGGCUGUGCUGCCACCCUCGUGUUCAUCCUCAUCAUCAUCUUCUUCCUCCUCACUGCCCGCAGACGCCGGAUGUGGACAGAUGCCUCCCCCAGAAUGCCCGAGGUCGUGCAGCUCCAGGUGCCCCCAGUGACACUGAGAGUCUGACCUAUGUCGAGCUGCAAGCUGAGCCCUCCAGCACUCGGCCCUGUGCUCCCCCUGCUUCCCCACAGCCCCGUGUUAUCUACACUCAAGUGCGCACUGGGGGACCCCACUGAUGCCCCUACCUGUGGGCGCACAAACCUGUGUAUGUGGUGUGCACACGUGUACUUACAGAUUGCACGGUGCUGAUGUGUUGUGUGCUCACAAUCACAUGUUCACUUCAUGAAUAUUCACUGCGUGUGUUCACGUGUCUUACUGCAGUCUACGACAUCACAUAUGCACAGUACAUUCACACACAUGUACUACAUGCUUAGCUUUAUGGCUCCAUAUAUGCAUGUGUGAUGCCAUACAUGCACACUGAUUCAUGCACGCAAUAAUACACACUUGUGUCCUUACCACGUGCCUCAUCUCUGCACCGCAUCAUCUGCUGCCCAUGGCACAUCUCCAGCUCCACAACCCAAACCAGCACCCAUCCCACAGUGCUUUGGGGACAGGAUUCCUGCUCCUGGAAGGUUUUAUCCCACACUUGUGGGGGAGAAUUCCCAUCCUGAAAGGUUUCUCCUGCUUCUUGAGGGAGGAUUCCUUUUUCUGGAAGGCUUUACCCUUCCUUUGCCUCUGGAGAGUUGGAUUCCAUUUCCUGGGGACAAUUCCCACUUCUGCAGGGAUUAACCUUAUCUUUGUGGGAAGACCUACCAUUUCCAAAGAGUUGACCAUAGCGCCUCACGGAAUUCUUGUUUGUGGUUGCAUUUAUCGAGGCUGUGGGUGAAAAUUCUCAAUCCUGGAAGGAUUUAUCCAGCUUUGGUGGGAGGCUUCCUGCUUCUGGGUGGUUUUAUGCUGUUCUUAUGGUGGGAGAUUCCCAUUCCGGAAUAUUUUACUCUGCCUUUUGGAGCAGGAUCCCCAUUAAUACAAAGAUCUGUAGUAGAAAAAUGUGGAGUUGACUGUGAUUUUUGGGGUGCUGGAUGUUGAGCUUGGUAGUGGGUGUAAAUGUGGGUCCUGAAUGGAAGGUUUGGUGUGUGGAGGGAGAGAUGUGGGAGGCUGAAUAGCAAUUUUGGAGCUGGAUGUAGAAGCUGGUGUCAGAUGGAGGUUUUGGGGAUGGAUGGAGUUGUUUAGGGUGAAUGGAAGCUUUGGGGGUUAAGAGAGGUUUGGGGGAUUGCCUGAAGUUUCUUUUUAGGCGCUGAUUGGAGAGUUUGUAUGAGGUAUUUGUGGAGCAGGUAUAGUUUUUUGAGCUGAAAGGAGGAAGCGACAGCUAGAUGGCUAGAGAUGGUGGGGAGGUGGACAGAUGGACAGAUAGGUGGCAAGACAGAGAGACAGACAGAGAAAAGGUGGAUGGACCCUUGGUGUGUCCAGAGUGGAUGAGGAGGUGCAGUCCCAGGAGCAGGUGACCCAGCAGGGGGAAGAUGGAUGGGUAGGGAACAAUGCAGUGGUGAAAAGUACCCACACAGUGCUGGAAAAUGCAAAGGGG